GUCCUCUCAGCCCAACAACUUCCCAAAACGUCACCGUUGCUCUCUCGUCUUUAUCUUUUUUCAGUCAUCAUUUCUCGCCGGAAUCGAGUCCUUUUUUUUCCCCUUUCUUUUUCUUUUUCUUUUUCUUGGGGUUUUCACCGCGGUACGGGUCUGGUGCCGGCGGACGCAGAUUUUCCGGCCAUUCUUCCAUUAUCUUAGAUAGCCGGAUUGCUGAUGCCUAUCAUUAGCGAUCUUUACCGGUCGGUUGUUCGAGAAAUGAGCCUUUUUCUUUAGCGUGGUUUCGAAGUAAAUCGAUGCUUUGUACCAAAAAUGAGGAGCAAUGUUUUUGUUAUUAGUGCAGCAGAUACGGUGAUAAUCGGCAACAUAAAGGUACCUAACCUAGCUUAAACAUCUUGGUUUUUUGGUGUAGAUCUAUCGAUCUUUGGAGAAUCCUUGGUAUUUGUGCAGAGUGAAUUUUGUGAUCCGAAGAAGAAAUGGAUGAUUAUGAUUUUAGGAGUCCUCGAUUUUAGUAGUCAUAUCUGCACUGAGAUUUUGUUGAUCAGUGUCUGGUAAUCUGUAGCGUAAUCUUAUCCCCUUCAAAAGCCAAAUAAGUUUUUUCCCUUUGGUUUAUUGGUGGUUGUUUUGGUGAUAUCAGUGAUAGUCUAACAAAGAGAUGAUCGGAGUUUUUGAAGUCAUCAUCGUUGACUAGGAAACAUUUAUGAAGGUCUUAACAGCUGAAGCAAUUUGAAAAGCUCAGCUAAAAUUUUCCAAAUUCAAGAAGAAAAAUCUACGUUUUCAAUUAGGCCUCAUGCCUUUCCCUAUGAAGAUUCAACCUGUUGAUUUCGCCUCACCGGAAGAAGAAUCUGAAUCGACUCGUUAUGAGCCGGUGAAGCCUCCUGUGUUCAAGUCUCGAUUCAAGAGGCUGUUUGAGAGGCAAUUCUGUAGUGUCUUGAAAACAUCCGCCGCUCCUUCGCCGGAGAAGCCAACUGCCAUCGGCGGCGGCGAGAAGGACAAGGACAGCUGCGAUGAGUUUGAACCAAGCUCUGUUUGUUUGAACAAAAUGGUAGAGAAUUUCAUCUACGAGAGCAAUGAAAAUAACAAGCAACAGAGGUGUGGGAGGCAUCGUUGCAAUUGCUUGAAGGGAAGCUGCACCGACAGCUCCGAUGAUGAAGCCGAUUCAUUCAAUUGUUUCGGCGAUUCGUUUUCCAACCAUUCCAGUGGUUCGGAUACAAUUGAAUCCCUCAAGAGUUUGGUGGUGUGUGCUUGUGUCAUUGAAAGAACCAUCUUAGCUGAAACUGCAAAGCUAGUCGAAAAGAACAAAAUGGGUAAAGGUAAGGAUGAUUUCUGCAGAAAGGUCGUAACUGACGGACUUGUGGCCCUUGGAUAUGAUGCUUCAAUCUGCAAAUCCCGCUGGGAAAAGUCCUCUAAUGUUCCUGCUGGAGAGUACGAAUACGUGGAUGUAAUGCUCUAUGGCGGCGACAGAAUGAUAAUUGAUGUUGAUUUCAGGUCGGAAUUUGAAAUUGCAAGGUCAACUAAGUCUUACAAAUCCGUCCUACAAAUGCUACCAAACAUAUAUGUGGGCAAAGCCGACCGUCUGCAAAAGAUUGUGAGUAUUGUUUCUGAGGCAGCAAGGCAAAGCUUGAAGAAGAAAGGAAUGCCCGUUCCUCCCUGGCGCAAAGCAGAGUAUGUUAAAGCUAAAUGGCUCUCUCCCUACGCCCGCACAACCGCAAAACCUACUCCGGUCCCAUCCCCUGUUGUCUCCGGCAGCCCUAGCCCUGGCAGUUUUGUUUCAUCUGGAAGUGAUGUGAAGGUUGAAAAGGAAGGAUCUUUAGACAAGAUUGAGCUGAAAUUCGGAAAAGAAGAGAAAAGUUUCCCAGACAUCAAGACUGGUGAUAAUGAUGAAGACAAGUCCUCCGUGGUGAAAGUUCCAGAGACCACCAAGCCAAAGAGUUCACUGGCUGAAGUUGAGAUUUUCAGUGGUUCAACUUCGGAAAUAUGAAAAUUUUGAUCUUUUAAACAAAAUUUUCAUCUCUAAUUCCCUUAAUAGAGUAUUGCCUAAUGAUUCCCCUUCUGGUUUUUUGUUGAAAGGGUAUAAUGAUAUAUAGAUAAGCUAACAUAUAAAUGAAUAAAUCACAACAAGAAAUGGUCAAAUAAGCAGCUUGUAAUAGUUAUAGCUGUUCAUUUCUUGUUUCAGGCGAGAGGAUCCUGUGUUCUACUUUUUGUUUGAUGUAAAUCUCAUCCAUGAAUGUUGAGGACUUCAUGUAAAACAUUUUGUGGAUUGGAACAUGGAAUUAUUCAAACAUGUAGUGUUCAUUUCCUGGUUGCAUACAUAUGGAAUACGUGAGUUUUGUCUUGUGUUCUGAAAG